ACCCUGCCUUCCCUGCCUUUGACAGCAGCGGGCGGAGACUCCAGCUGCCGAGAACUGUGCUCAGGGCAAGCGGGUCUACCCAGUGCCAUGGUGCAGCCCGGACGGAGCCUCCUCGGGUGGUGAGAGGAGGCAAAUUCCCUCCUUGCUGCAGAAGAAGCCUUCUCUGCUUCCAAGAUUCUAGCAAGGCAGCAACAACAACAAGUUUUCAAGUGCAACAUAAGUGGACACCAUGGUUGAUUAUUAUGAAGCGCUGGGUGUACCCCGCAAUGCCUCUCCAGAUGACAUCAAAAAAGCGUACAGAAAGAAAGCUCUGAAAUGGCACCCGGAUAAGAAUCCAGACAACAAAGAAUAUGCCGAGCAGAAGUUCAAGGAGAUAGCAGAGGCCUACGAAGUGCUGUCAGACAAGAACAAGCGUGAAGUCUAUGACCACUAUGGCAAAGAAGGACUCAUGGGCGCAGGUGGACCCAGUGGAUCCAGGCCUGGUCCAGGGAUGCCUGAAUACACCUUCACUUUCCGCAGUGCUCGUGAUGUCUUCCGGGACUUCUUUGGGGAGCGGGACCCUUUUGCUGAAUUCCUUGCUGAUGACAUGUCCCCGUUCUCGGACAUACAUGGAGGUGGCCCUCGACAUCCUGGAGUAGGACCAUUCUUCUCAUCCUUUGCAGCAACACCAGAGUUCUUUCCCUCUGGGCUUGGGCCAGGUAUCAAUAUGGGAAUGGGCUUCCGGUCCAUCUCUACAUCCACUAAGUUCAUCAACGGCAAGCGCAUCACUACCAAAAGGAUCGUUGAAAAUGGGCAGGAAAGAGUAGAAGUGGAAGAAAAUGGGGAGCUGAAAUCUAUCCAUAUUAAUGGUGUUCCAGAUGACUUGGCACUAGGCUUGGAGCUGAGCCGGCGGGAGCAGCAGCAAGCCCUCCAAAACCGCAAGUUUUCGUCUUCUCCUCCACCAACACCAGUUCAGCCCCCUCCUCCCAAGCGCCCGCCUGCCAGUUCGUCCCCUGUGAUCUUGUACACAGACAGUGAGGAGGAGGACGAGGACCUGCAGCUGGCCAUGGCCUACAGCCUGUCUGAGAUGGAGGCUAAAGGCCAGCACAGAGCAGACCCUGAUGGACAGGCAUAUUCUGUCUGAUGCCCCUCCACGCCGCCUCCCUGCAGGUGUGUUCUGAGUCUGGAAGAGUUGUGGGAAUUGCCUCUCUAGCAUUUGUGCUCCCAGAAGGCUACUCAAAACCUGGACUUCGCUUUCUGUUCCCUCCUUGAGCCCUGUCCUGGGGAUUGACAGGCUCCAAGUGUGUGACUUCCUCCCCAUUAGUUCUCUCUGCUGUGGGUCACUUAGCACCCAAUAGCUUGUGAGGGUCAGAUUGAGCACAGCCCAUUGUCUGUGCUGGUAGCUGUGCUGCUGCUCCUGAAUUAACACUGCUCAAGGCACCCUCCAGGCCUAGAGAACCAAGGCCUCUCAUACCUGCAGUCCACCUUUGCCACUACCAUCUUCCCUUUCCAAGAAAGCAGCCUGGGGCUUGGCUGAAGAAUGAGGACCUGGCUGUAAAGCUGUACAGAUACGAAGCAAUCAUGGGGGAGGGGUAGUGGGCAUAGAAGAGAAGCCCCCUACCGAUCAGGGCUGCAUGUUUGUCAAUCUUCAGUGUCCUCUGGGUUUAAGAGGGGCUGUGUGUGUGCAGUGCUGGACCAUUCUUGUUUCUAUGGGUGUGGGGCUGGGGUUGUUAAAAGACAGAUGAAGGAAUGGAUGGACUUCCGUCCCAUCAGCAUGAGGCUCCCUUUGUGAGUAUAGAAAGCCUUAUGCUCUAAAUCUAAGGGCUAUAAAGCCAGGCUUUACCUCCAAACAGCAGAGAAUUUUUCUAAGCAGGUACUGGAAAGCAAGAGAAAGGAUGACAUUAGUCUCUUACCACAGAAAGGGAAGCUCUGUGGCUAUCUUUCUCCCUUUGGAGGAAAUCCCUUCCCUGAAAGUAACAGGGCUUCAAUUGAUACAUGCCUGCUCUACAAGUUUAUAAUUUUAGGGUGGGAAGAAAAGUGGGGGGGGGGACUGGUCUCUUUUGUAACUGAAGUGAUUGCCUGGUGUAGAAUGGAAGAC